UCAAAAAUGGCCGCGCUUAGGAGCAAGUGAAAUUUAUCUGACGACGUGACCGCAGAGUCAACGGUGCCAAAGAUCCGCGUUGACAGCUGUUAAAACUAGCAAUCGCGAUGGGUCCUAAGGGAAAAGAGAAAAGAAAAGAAACUAAACGACAGAGAUGGAAGCCUCUUGAUGCCGAAACGAAGCAGCCUACGCAGGAAACUGCACCUGUUGAUUGCGGUGGAGACGCGUCCAAAGCAACGGAAAGCAAAAGCUUGCCCGUCGGAACUACGGCUCCCACACCGAUAGAACCCACGUGCGAUCCUCAGUUUAGGAAGCGGGGGCUCGCCAGUAAUUGGGGCCGGUACGACGAGCCGGUCGAAGUUGAAACCGAGUACAACAGGAAGCGAGGCGAGGACUUUGACCUCCUGCUGAGCGCGUCAGCUGGAGCGAGUGCACACUUUCGCUUCAAGGAGCAACAGGACUGGCAGGACGAACCGGCCGAGCUCAGCGAGUUUCUCUCGAUCGACUGCGACGCGAUCGUCGAUGCACUGCAAACGAUUCCUCUGCACUGAGCGGCUUGGCCUUCCCGAGGACAUUUUCCCGGCCAGUGUUAUACAGGAGUUCAAGGACGAAGCAGCCGCCUGCACCGAAAGGUACGAGGCAUUUCUCCGUACGGGAAAGCGACAAGUCAAGAAAACGCCAGACAUGGGGGAGUCAUUGAAGAACUCUCUGCAAGCGGCCAUAAUAGCAGCGGCCAAGUCAAAGCCCAAGCCGAAAGACGAAGAGGACUUGGAGGAAUUACUCAAUCUCUCCCUCAAGUCCCCUCGGUCAGAUGACUCACGGAAGGACAAGAAGAAAGACGAGGACGAGAGAAACCUCGAGUUCUUGCUAUCGCUCACAGAAGAACAUGAGGAGAAAGAUAAGGUUCCUGCAGCUGAAGAGACGGCCACUACGACUGUUGCUGAACCUGAACGCAAAGUAGUGGAAGAGCCCGUCAAACCACCACCUCAACCCCAGAAGCCAACUGUCGACCUAGAAGAUUGGUUAGACAGCGUUUUACAAGACUGAACGCACGGAAUGUACUAUUUAUAUAAAGCGCUUUAUUUCGCAACAGCAAUCUCUCGGGGCUAGUUCUCGUCACGCUGUGAAGCCUGCUGCUGUCAAUGUCCCUACGUCUACACGAUCAGCACAGAAAAAACAUGGCCAAUCGACAAAUGUUCAGGCAAAAAGUGUCAACGUUUCAAAGAACAGAGUGCGUCAAAGACCAGAAAUCUUUUUCUGAAUGCGAAAGCAUUAUUUGCCCUAUGAAGUUGAAAAUGCAGCAUCUGGCGAGUGUUUGCGUCAACACUCGACGGCGAAAAAAACCCACGUGACCAACUGAUGACGUCAUGCAACUGUCAUUACAUUAUCGUUUCAGUGAUGAUGUAAUGUGACGUCACGCAAUGUCGAAGAAAUACUAAUGGAUCUGGUCAUCACACCAAGACAUGCCGUGCUUUUGCAUUCAACGCACGCAAGGAGACUUAAGGGCCCCUGUAACUUUCUUUUCGGUGUGUCUCUUUUUCUGAUAACUCUCUUUACCGCAAAGAUCAACAAGAAGAACACGACUUAUUUGCUUAUUUGCAGAAUCGACAUCGCUUAUCAUGGUGGCUUUACAACAAAAUGCAAUUGUGUGGCCAUGUCUAUAUACAAGGUCUGUGUAAAGCACUGAGUAAUUGUAUUGGGGAUACCCAUUCAGGUUCCACCAUCGGAGACAAUUUUUCCAAUCGAAGAGAUCCGGCAUGAAGCAGGGCAGGGACAUAUCUACCUGCCACAUGGCGAAGAAUACUCCACAUCAAGAAGUUCACACAGACAGAUUUGUUUCAAGAUUUUAUUCAAAAGCAUUACCUAAUGACUUGCAACAAAAGGACAGAGGUAUCUACACGAAACCCUCUUCGAUGUGCUGCCAACAAAUGUUAAUAAAAGAGGCGAGUCAAUGCAAAGUAAAAACAA